AUGUCGGAGACUGCUCCCGAAGCGCCCGUGGCCGCGGCGCCGGCCGCCAAGGCGCCGGCCAAGAAAGCCAAGAAGCCGGCGGGAGCCGCCAAGGCGCCGCGCAAGGCGUCGGGUCCCAGCGUGACGGAGCUGCUGACCAAGGCGGUGGCCGCGUCCAAGGAGCGCAACGGGGUGUCCCUGGCGGCGCUCAAGAAGGCGCUGGCGGCCGCCGGCUACGACGUGGACAAGAACAACAGCCGCAUCAAGCUGGGCCUCAAGAGCCUCGUCAGCAAAGGCACCUUGGUGCAGACCAAAGGCACGGGCGCCUCGGGCUCCUUCAAGCUCAACAAGAAGCAGCUGCACGACACGGCCAGGGACAAGGCGGCGGCGGCGGCGGCCGCGGGGGCCAAGAAGAAGCCGGCCGCCGGGCGCACCAAGAAGGCGGCGCCCAAGAAGCCCGCCUCCGGCUCGGCCAAGAAGCCCAAGAAGCCGGCCGCCAAGAAGAGCCCCAAGAAGGCGGCCGCGGCCAAGAAGCCGGCGGCGGGCGCCAAGAAAGCGGCGGCCAAGAGCCCCAAGAAGGCCAAGGCCGCCAAGCCCAAGAAGGCGGCGCCCAAGAGCCCCGCUAAAGCCAAGGCUGUCAAGGCCAAGGCCAAAGCCAAGCCCAAGACGCCCAAGGCCCGAGUGGCCAAGCCCAAGAAGGCGGCGCCCAAGAAGAAGUGA